UGAAAUUUAUUGUACGAAUUUGGAACUCAAUAUUCUUCGUUUUUCAAAAUUGGUUAAAAAAAAAAUUUUGAAAAAUGUCCUCUAUUAAACAAUUUCAAUAAGUCUGCUGUGUGAAAUUAACUCCUUAACAUGGGUAAAAACCUAGUUGUCAGUCCUAAUGAUGUACUUAAAUUCAUAAGAUCUUCAGAAACUCCAAGUACAUUAAAGCUUCAAAAUACCAGUAAUGACCCGAUUACAUUUAAAAUUCAAACCACAUCACCACAGAAGUUUCGUGUUCGACCACGUUUUGGUGUUUUGAAACGAGGCGAGUCGACAACAAUCAAUAUUUUACUGAAAAAGGAUGAAAACCUCAAAGAUGGCUCCGUAAAAGAUAAAUUUCUUGUUAGAGCAUUAAAAAUCCCACCAAAUGUUGAUCAAUGUGGAUCUAUGAUAACUUUUUGGAAGCAAAUUCCUGCUAACUGUUCAAGUGUUGAGGAACAUCAAGUCAUAUGUGAAUACGAUGAUUCCAGUAGUAGAUCAAAUAAAGCAUUGAAUAAACAACCAUCGAAACCAGGUUUAAAUAAACAGAGAUCAAAGCUUGGAAAAGGACUUACUAAAUCUAUCAGUUUUAUUAAAAUAACAGAUUAUGAAUAUAUGGCUAUAAAUGAACCAGACGGCGACAAUAUAAAUCAAGCAAUUGCUGGUAUGACUGGAAGUCGUUCAGGUCAAAGUCCUGGAAAUAAUUUAAGGGGUGGUGACAGUUAUUUGAGUAAAGGUCAAAGCUCUGGAAAUGUGAAACAAAAUAAGAUGGAAAGACAAUUAUGGCGCACACAAGUUACACAAUAUAUCACGAUAUUCUUGCUAUUUAUACUUGCUGUAGGCUUUGGAUAUUUAGUGAGAAAGCAAAUUGAAUUCGAUCCCAAAGCACAAAUCGAAGAAGCAUUAAGAGCCGAAGAAGCAUUAAGAGGUGAAGAUAAUUAUAAAUGUCGAAAAUGUUAACGACUUCUACUAUUUGAUUCUUAUGGUAAUACUUUAUAUUCAUUAUUAAGAUAAAUUAGUGUGAAAAACUGUUUUAGGUAUAUAAAGUUAUCGUUUAAUUAUUGUAAAAAAAAUUAAAUAAAUAAAA